ACCUCUAUAUAUAAAAAUCGAAGUGGAAAUCAAGUUUCCCCGCCGGCCUCCACACAAACCUCCGAUAAUGAUUGCUCCGAUUCACUGAAAAUCAAAAGAAAAUGGAUCUGAUCGCUAUAAAAAUCCCAUUUUGAAGUCAUUUGCACCGGCGCAAACCCCACGAACCAAGCACUAUGGCCCCUCGGAAUCAUGAAGGAGGGGAUUAAAUAAAGAAUUCGGAAGGAAAGAGAAUCAAUUGAAAGCUCGCUCUUCCUCCUCGUCUCCCACGGCCCCUCACUCUUCUUCCUUCUCGGAUUUCUUUAAUCGCGUCUUUGAAACUGGAAAGCUCUAUGUGGUCCCUUCUUCUCCUUUCUCCUUUCCCUCUUUUAACCAUGCCGUGUAGGAGAGAAAUGGGCAGAAGGAGGCUCCAGAGGGAAGAAGGCCGCUUCUGUGAAAAUGGAGAAGGAACUGGAUUACUUCGAGGUCCUUGGAAUCGGCCCUUCCGCGACCGAAGAGGAGAUUCGCAAAGCCUAUUAUCUAAAGGCUAGACUGGUUCAUCCUGACAAAAACCCAAACGAUCCAAAAGCUGCUGAGAGAUUUCAGGCACUCGGGGAAGCUUAUCAGGUCUUAUGUGAUCCAGUGCAGAGAAAGGCUUAUGAUGGCCAUGGAAAAAGUAGUGUUUCUAAGGAAUGCAUGUUAGACCCUACUUCUGUGUUUACCCUUCUUUUUGGAAGUGAAGCUUUUGAGGAUUAUAUAAGGCUUCUUUCUGUGGCUUCAAUGGCUUCUAGUGAACUUUCUAGUGAACAUGAGCAUACUGAGAAACUUCAAGAAAGGUUGAAGGCAUUGCAGGGGGAAAGGGAAGAGAAUCUCGCAAGAUUUUUGAGAGAUUUUCUUAACCAAUAUGCAUGUGGUGACAAAGAGGGAUUUUCCAAACGUGCAGAAGCUGAAGCAAUACGGCUAUCAAGCACAGCUCUUGGUGCUGAUAUCCUACGCACAAUUGGUUAUGUGUAUUCUAGACAGGCUGCAAAAGAGCUGGGGAAGAAGGUUAUGUAUCUUGGGGUUCCAUUUUUUGCCGAGUGGGUGCGAACUAAAGGACAUACAUGGAGAUCACAGAUCACUGCAGCAAAAGGUGCUUUGCAAUUACUGCAACUGCAAGAAGAUGUUUGCCGUCAAUCUAAUGGUGAUGGCUAUGCUACAGAAAAAGAUGUUGAAGUAAAUAUGGGUAUGAAGAAGGACUUGAUGAACUCUUUGUGGAAAAUAAAUGUGCUUGACAUUGAAGUAACUCUUUCACAUGUUUGCCAAAUGGUGUUGCAAGAGAACAAUGUAAAAAAGGAGGAGCUGAAGGCUCGAGCAAUUGCUCUGAAAGUUCUUGGGAAACUUUUUCAGAGAGAAAAGAAUGCAUUACCUCCUGUUGGCACAUCCAAAGCAGGAAAUGAUUCAGAUGAUGAAGAUGAUAGCAGCUCCAAUGAUAGUUCUGUUGAGGAUCUGCCCAGACCUCUUUCAUAUCGAACUCCUUUAAUCACUCAGGGCAUUGGUCGGCUCUUUAGAUGUCUUUGCAACCCAGCAUAUGAUGUUGCAGACGAUGAACCUCAUAACAAAUGAUGAAAUAUCCAUAAAAACCAAGGAGUUAUGCGACAGCAAAAAUUUUAUGGAUUCUUUUAUAUGUUAUUUUUACACGUUUUGGAGUAAUUUGCCAUUAUGUAUAUGGGAUUAUUCUCUUAAUCUUGUUUCAACUUACUAGAAGGCUAUUGCUAAAUUUGUCCAUUGAACAUAACUUCAGUUGUAUAAUUUAUUUGCUUUCAUUAAAGUUCUUAAUUUUUUUA